GUGCAGUGGCGGAGCGGCCGAUGAACUCAGGCGGCCAAUCUUCAUGGGGGUCUUCAAGCAACUCGUCAAUAUCACCAAUGCACUCGAACGAAGGCGGGGACGAGCACAGAGACGAUCCACAGCGCGGUGAUGGCGAACGAUGCUUGAGUCGCAUGGGGUUCGAAGGAUCGAUUCUUCCUCAGCGACCUACCCACCCGCAUACUGGAACGAUGUCACGAGCCCCUUCGAUGACGCGAAUGCCGUCGAUGACGCGUAUGCCGUCGAUGACUCGUGUGGGCUCGUCGAGUAGGCUUACUCGUGGCAAGUCGAUGACUCAGAUCGCGGGGACUCGUCGGCGUGGUGAGUCGGCGACUCUCACAAGCGUGCUGCAAGUCUCAAACCAAGAUCUGACCAACUUCGACGGCUUCGCCACGGUCGGCUUGCAGCGCAUCGCAGUGGAGUCCUUCUCAUCAUUGUGCAUGAUCUACGCCCAGCGCAACAAGAUUGUUUCGUUGGAUGCAAUCGCUGCGUGCGCCACGAGUCUUCGCAUCCUGAACGUCGCGUCCAACGACCUCGAAACGUUGCCGUCGACAGCAUUUUGGACCUCAUUCACAAAGUUAAGCGUCCUUGACGUGAGCCACAACCACUUGGCCAAGUGGAAGCACGUGCACGGCGUCCAGGCGUGCCUGUCGUUGGUGCUCUUCCGCAUCGACGGGAACCCCAUUGCCGCUCAGCCUUCCUGCCGCGCUGUCAUCGUCAACCAGAUGCCGUUUCUGCUGGCGGUGGACGACCAUGUGAUCACGGACGAAGAAAAGAUUGAGCGCGCCCAUUUUGGGCCGCGCUUUCAUGCAAAACAUGACAAGAUGGCGUUGGGGCUGUGGCACCCAUGGCGCAACAGUCCAGGGGGAGUCUCAUCGAACGACGCGCUCUUGAUUGCACUCGACGCGGUUUUGAUCGCAAUGAAGCGCUUGGCCGAGCACAACAGCCCUGUGGUCAUUCUCCAGCGAGUGUGGCGAGGACACAAGAGCCGCACGUCAAAAGUGCCGCCGUUUUCAAUCAUUCAACAUGCGGUCCUAACAAUUCAGCGAACGUAUCGAGGAUCGUGGCUGCGGCGGCACCUUUGGAGCCAACUGCACCAAUUGCUCGUGCCACUACAUAAAGAGAUGCUUCUGCUGCCGACGUGGCAACUCCAGCGAUACCGCGCUGCACCACGUAUCAUGGCGGUUUGGAUUGCCCGACGUGACCAUGUUCGCGCCAAAAAGGCCAUGAAUUGCGUCAAAACGUGGCUCAAGUCUGUCGUUGCGGCGUCCCGUCGGCUGAAGCAAGAUAUGCUGUCAUCCAGUGACCAGCUCCGCAUAUAUUGCGAUGGCGCGAGCAUCGGCUCCAUCCUGGACGCGGCCGCCACCAGCAUGGCCCUCGAUGCACGCGUAUUGGGCAUCGAUGCGACCAUGUUGCCGUCCCGCGUGAUUCCCACGGGAAUUUCCAUCCUGCGCCCGUCCACGUACAACUUUUGCCAUGUGCAUCGACAAUCGUGGGUUCAGCGCGCCGUCAAGGUCACCAAGUGCGACGGUGUUUUUCGAUUUCCACGGACAUCAACACGAGGCCACCUCGUCAUGCUCCAAGCGGAAUGUAGCCUUGUGCAAGAGGAUGUAGACAGGCUUUCCAGCGCCAUGAUGCGUGCCGACUCUCCCCUCCUCAGACACCACCGCCAGUGCAAGCUAGCCGAGAUGCAAGAGCGCCACAUUUGGCUCACGACAAAUCUGCAACUCCAACAACAGAAGCUCAAGUAUAUGCAAAGCCAUCGUCGAACGCCGUGCCUGUUUGAGCGAUCGCUGCCCAUCCGCCCCCGCGGCAACUCGCAUCUUGUCGAGCGGCCCAAGCCGUUGGCCCCUCGGAAGUCGUACGACCAAGUCUUUUUGUUUGUUCCAACUAGUGUCGCCAUGCACCAGCGCAUUUUGUACCUCCUGAAGCACACCCAUCGGUACCAUUCGCUCUUGGUAUACACGCCACGGGACAUGGCGCAACUUCUCGCCGCGACGAUCUUGCAAAGCACGUAUCGGUCGUAUCGAGCGCGAACGCAGUGCCAGUUUGUCAAACUCUUUUUGCAGCGGCGGGCGAUCUUGUGCAUCCAGCGGUGGUGGCGAACGCUGUCGACGUUGACGUGGGGGCUUGACAUGUACGAAGCAUGCGUGCGCCUUGUGGCCGCGAUCGACUCGAGCGUGCUGUACAUCGAAGAGCGCGUGUUCAUGACGCUCAAGCACCCGUCGCUGACCCAGCGCGCGUUGAGCACGAUGCCACGGAUGCCGAGCCACGAAUGGAAGUUCAAAUUCUCGAAUCGCCAGCUCCGGAUGCCCAUCACGUUGGAAGAAAGCCUGUCCCGACUGCCCGAAGACGAAAAGCAGGCGUACCUCAACACGUUUUACGUCGAAAACGGCCUCGAGCGGGUUGGAUUCCCACUGUGGCUGCCUUCGAAGCCACAACAUGAAAUCGUGGGGCGGGAGGAAAAGCAAGUGUCCAAGCAACAGGUUGGGUUGAUCGUCACCAGCUAUUGCGUCGAGUCGGUCGUGACUGACGCCGUCGACGCACCGGCUCCGCUAGACGAUGUCGAGCGAUGCAGCGACGUUGACUUUGGCCACUUUGCCGCGUGCCGAAAUAUCCUCCAGGACAACGUGGCGCUGCUCAAGUGGGACGACCCGGUCGACAUGCAAUGGAACAAAGUGUUUGGCAUUACGUUUGUCAAGCUCGAAUUCGAUUCCGUCACGGAAGCGCGGCACCGCGCUGCGAUGCUCUUAGUCAAGACGUACGAUGCUCGACACAAGUCGUACGCGCGGCUGUACACGGUCGGGAUGCUGCGCUACGUCUGGCUCAACAAGCCAGCAAUGAGCCGGAAGGGCCACGUCUUUAGCCGAGACUGGAUGCGACUACGCCUCGAAAUACCGUCGAAAUGGGGCUACCAUCACGACGCGUACACCUACCAUGGCGAAAACAGUCCCGGCGAAGUGGAGAGCGCCCAGCACAUGCUAUUGCAGCGCGGCCACCGCCCGUCGACCGUGCCUGGAGCGAACGAAGCGUUCUCCGCCAGCGACAUCACGGCGGCGUCGACGUCCGUUUGCAGUCAGCUGCUGUCGUCGCACAUCGAGACGAACAACGAGGAAAGCUGCGGACGACUAGGCAGCCCCACCGUCGCGAUGGUGGUGCACCAUGUCCAGGUCCAGGUAGACGUCGACCCGACGUACCAACUCCACUUGCUCAAGCAGCAGCAAGCGGACACCGUGCGACUCGAGUCGGAAGCCCUCGAAACAAAGCUCCACCAUGCCAGGUCUCUCGCGCUCAAGGCCAAGCAAGUGCUUGUAGCCAACACGCAGUUCACCCCUCGACGACCGCCCGAUGCACUGUCAGCGUCGUCGACGCACGUGGCGAAAUCCCGCAAGGCCAAGUUUGAAGGCAUGCUCCACGCUGUCGAUGGCGCGAUCAAAGCCGAUGAAGCGGGGGAAGCACGAGCGGCGGCGAUUCUUCAUCGCAUGCGGCUCUCCGAACGAGCGCACCAAGCCGUCGUUGUCGAGCGCAAGAUGGGCGCGAGGGAGAAUGCAGCAAUGAUCGCUGCACAUAAGAUCAAGAUCGACGCGCAGUUGCAGCGCGCGGCGUACGAACACGCGCAGUUGUUGUUGGUCAAGAAGCAGCGCAAGGCGGUCGAGGUCGCGUUGGCGACGCGGAAGAAGGCACAGCGCCAGUUUGCCCAGAACUUUGGACAAAAGACCGUCGGCCUCACGCGGUGCCAUGCGCGAGAUCGCACGCAAGACCGCGCGGUGGCCGCGUUCGUGGCGCCCAUGGAGCGCGUCCAGUUUGCCAAAGUUGCCGAGCGCAAAGUCGACGAGUCGAUCCGAUCGAAGCGCACCGACAUGGUGGUGGCCAACCAACGCACCCGCGUCAUUCAAUGCAUGGAGAUUCAAGCAGCGCUCGAGUUCCAGGACGCGCAAGAACGCCAGCGCCUCGACGACAUCCACGCUCGGAUAUCGCAAGAGCGAAAGCUCAAGCAACUCCUCCAAACCGACGAUUUCUAGAUGGACGUUGGGUUCGCGUGCGACCAACGCCACCGUCGAGCAAGUUGCUGAGCGCGAUCGCUGUAUCCAGAUAUGAGUUGCCAGCCCUCCUGUUGCGUGCCUGGGGCCACGUGGAAACGAACCAUGACGAGGUGGGUCAUGGACCCCUCCACAGUGUGGAAAUGCCGCUAACGUAAGGCACGAGAAAAAAGUGUGCAGCACCUCCUUUGGAUGAUUAGUUGCACAAGGACGGUGCCCCAUCCUCAUUGCAGCGUAUGGUGUGCCCAUGACAACUACAU